AUGACAAAGCAAAGCAGGGCACCCUCUUCUGUGACCAUCUACGACCAUGAGCAAGGACAAUAUGUUGCUCCAACUAAUAGAGCCUCUCCUCAAACGAAGAAGAAUGACAUGGAAGAUCUUAAGGCUACUGAAACUAAAAAUAUUUUUCUAGAGGUUACAAUCUACAAAAAGGCUGCAGCAGAGUUGAUGGGGACUUUUAUCUUAGUAUUUGCUGGGUGUGGAGGAAUAAUGGUGGAAGAAAGGGAUAAGGUCUUAACUCAUCUUGGGGUUGCUGCUGUGUUUGGACUGGUUAUAAUGGCACUAGUCUACACUGUGGGACAUAUCUCCGGUGCUCACAUAAAUCCUGCAAUAAGUCUUGCCUUAUCAUCUGUGGGAAAGCUCUCUCUUCAGGAGCUGCCCAUUUAUAUCAUAUGUCAAAUUGUGGGUGCUACAGCGGCUGCAGCUUCACUCAAUUUAGUUAUUACAAAAGUCUCCAUUAAUGUUGCUGUCAAUGUUCCUGUGGGAAAUCCUUGGGCAUCACUGGUGGUUGAAAUCAUUAUCACCUUCAUACUCUCCAUUGUUAUAUUUGCAAUAGCCACAGACCCUAAAGCACCAAGUGAAAUGGUAGGGAUCGCUGUGGGUGGUGUAGCCGCUUGUAAUGCUUUAUUUGCAGGGCCACUCUCGGGAUGUUCCAUGAACCCAGCAAGAUCCUUGGGGCCUGCACUGAUAGCACUCAAUUUUAAUGGUCUUUGGGUGUAUGUUCUUGGACCUGUUUUUGGUGCCCUUUGUGGAGCUUGGUUCUAUAAGGGUAUUUCUAUACAAGAAUAG